GCGACUGGGAGUCAAAACAAAAAUCUUCUGGAAACUCCUUCUGAUUUUGAACAGUGUGCUAACAAGCUAAACACGUAGCACCGACAGCUUUAGCAAGUUUUUUUUUUCUAACUUUAGGAACAAUAUCAGAUAUAUGUCCAUUAUGGAGGUUUCGCUAAAGUUUCGCUGUUUUUAUAACUUGUUAUGGACGGUUUAUGUGUCUUAACUGUUAGAAAAAGUAGCAGUUUUAGUGAGGAAAGUUAGCUUAGCAUUGGUCGCCCCAACACAAACACAAAAGCCCAUCCUCCCCUCAGCCUUGCUGGACGGGCUCAAGUUCAACUCUGCUCCCUGUUCUCCAAUCUGGAAACACUAUCAAAAUGUCGAUCCUGGGACUGAAGAAGAAACAACCCAAGACUUUCAAAGUUAAAGUCGUCACUAUGGAUGCUGAGAUGGAGUUCAGCUGUGAGGUCAAAUGGAAAGGUAAAGAUUUGUUUGACCUGGUGUGUCGCACCGUCGGUUUGAGGGAGACCUGGUUCUUUGGACUCAGAUACACAGUGAAGGACACCUACGCCUGGCUUAAACAGGAGAAACGGGUUCUGGAUCAGGAGGUUCCUAAGGAUUCCCCCAUAACGUUUCACUUUCUAGCGAAAUUCUUCCCUGAGAAAGUUGAAGAAGAACUGGUCCAAGAAAUCACCCAACACCUAUUUUUCUUACAGGUGAAAAAACAGAUACUAGAUGAAGAGAUAUUCUGUUCCCCAGAAGCUUCAGUGCUUUUGGCCUCUUAUGCUGUCCAAGCAAAGUACGGGGACUACGACCCAAACUUUCACAAGCCGGGUUUUCUUGCACAAGAUGAGCUGUUGCCAAAAAGGGUUCUGAUGCAGUACCAAAUGACUGCGGACAUGUGGGAGGAGAAGAUCACAGCUUGGUACGCCGAACACAGAGGCAUCGCCAGAGACGAAGCAGAGAUGGAAUACCUGAAGAUCGCCCAGGACCUCGAAAUGUACGGUGUUAGCUACUUUGCCAUUACUCAAAAUAAGAGAGACACAGACCUGUUACUGGGUGUGGACGCUCAGGGUCUCCAUAUCUACAACCCCAACAACAAACUGAACCCAAACAAGUCUUUCCCCUGGAGCGGGAUCCGCAACAUCUCCUACAGCGAGAAGGAGUUCACAAUCAAACCUCUAGACAAGAAGAAAGACGUCUUCAAGUUCUACUCAUCCCAGCUGCGUGUCAACAAGCUGAUCCUGCAGCUGUGCAUCGGGAACCACGAUCUGUUCAUGAGGAGGAGGAAGGUGGACUCCAUCGAAGUGCAGCAGAUGAAGGCUCAGGCCAAAGAGGAGAAGGCCCGCAAGAAGAUGGAGCGUCAGAUCCUGGCUCGGGAAAAGCAGAUGAGAGAGGAAGCAGAGCGAGCGAAAGAGGAGAUGGAGCGAAGACUUUUCCAGCUGCAGGACGAGGCGCGGCUCGCUAACGAGGCCCUGCUGCGGUCUGAGGAGACGGCAGACCUGCUGGCAGAAAAGGCCCAGAUCGCUGAGGAGGAGGCUAAGCUUCUGGCUCACAAAGCUGCAGAGGCUGAGCAGGAGCGACAGAGGUUAGAGGUCACAGCCAUGAAGACCAAGGAGGAGAAACGCCUGAUGGAGCAGAAGAUGAGGGAGGCGGAGCAGCUGGCUGUAAAGCUGGUGGAGCAGUCUGAGAGGAGGCUGAAGGAAGCAGAUCACCUGAAGCAGGACCUGACAGAAGCAAAGGAUGCUGAGCGAAGAGCCAAGCAGAAGCUCCUGGAGAUCACCAAAACAACAUACCCGCUCAUAGCUGCGUACUCUACUCCGCCUGCGCCUCCCGAAGCAGCCGACUUCAGCUAUGAUUCAGCGUCGUCGCGCCUCGACUUCAAGGACUCGGACAUGAAGAGGCUGUCCAUGGAGAUCGAGAGAGAGCGGCUGGAGUACAUGGAGAAGAGCAAACACCUGCAGGACCAGCUGAAGGAGCUGAAGUCGGAGAUCGAGUCUUUGAAGCUGGAGGAGCAGCAGCAGCAGCAGGCCAGCAUGUACAGCCUCCCCGCAGAGGCCAGAGGUUACGUCCCCGAACCUGCAUACAUACCUCACAGCAACCGAAACUCAGCCUACAUGUCUCAGAUGGCCUUCUUUGAAGAAGUGUGAUCGCUGCGUUUCCAGAUGAGACAA